CAUAAACCGGAUUCAGACACCUUUCGGCGUUUUUUUGCCUAUCCUGUUUCUUUUUUCCUUUCUCACAUGCGUUUUCCUGUCAUCACCCUGAUGUGCGCGCUCCACCCCGCCUGCCGGACGCAGAGGAGCGCUGGAGCGGAGAGGCGCACAAGGAGCAGAGCUGAUGUGGCGCGGUAAAAAAAAAAAAAACAACAACCAGAAAACAGAAACAGCUAAGACUAACUCAAAUAACAACACUAUUUAUCCGUGGAAGUAACUUUAGACAACAUGGAACAACUACACUUCUAUCACCUUUGCUCGUUUUGUUGGGAGAUAGUUUAACGCGCGCACGACGCGACUGUUUGCGCUCUGAUUUUCCAAGUGAUGCCAGGUCGUUUCUCGGUGUUACUGGAGUUAAUGCAUGUGUGAUUACCUCCCUGCACCCCGCUGAUCGACCUCUUACACCUGACUCUCAGCGAUGGUCAUUGAGGAUCACGUUUCAGCGCGACGCACUUAUCCAACUAUUGCGCUUUCUGUUUACGACCUUGUCUUGAUUUACAGAUAACUUUUAAAGCUUGAUCGAGACUAAAAAAAAAAAAAAAAAAAAAAAAAACAACCCAGAAGGCAUGGUUUUAAACCUCUUCAUCACAACAUGAUCCAGUGAAAGGUGACAGAGGAAUCAAUCGGGGAAAAACAAAAAAAGAUGCUUGGAAGUCCAUCCAACAACGGCGGCCUCAGAAUGCUCUCGCCCCCAGCCCCGAACGAUGACAGGCGGGUAGAGUUCGUGGCGCUCACCGCCGUCCAGACAGAACAGAGCGAGCCUUCCACCCCGGAGCGGGGACACCCUUUUCACCGCACCGGGCUCCUAGGGACCCCGCUGCCGGGGCCCCCAGGACCAAGAGCCAAUGCGUCCGCUUCAAGUAAGCGCUUCAGAAAGUUGCAAAACUGCCUUUACAACGUGCUGGAGAGACCAAGAGGAUGGGCAUUCAUCUAUCAUGCUUUCAUUUUUCUUCUAGUCUUCAGCUGCUUGGUGUUGUCAGUGUUCUCAACCAUCCCCGAACACCAAAAGAUGGCCAACCAAGGCCUCUUUAUCCUGGAGUUUGUAAUGAUCGUAGUGUUUGGCUUGGAGUACUUCAUCAGGAUCUGGGCCGCUGGCUGUUGUUGCAGAUACCGGGGAUGGCAGGGACGCCUGAGAUUUGCCAGGAAGCCCUUCUGUGUCAUAGACUUCAUCGUUUUUGUGGCGUCACUAGCAGUAAUUGCUGCAGGGACGCAGGGCAACAUCUUCGCCACGUCAGCCCUGCGCAGCAUGCGUUUCCUGCAGAUCCUGCGUAUGGUUCGUAUGGACCGACGAGGAGGCACCUGGAAACUUCUUGGCUCCGUCGUUUAUGCUCACAGCAAGGAGCUGAUUACAGCCUGGUACAUAGGUUUCCUGGUGCUGAUAUUUGCUUCUUUCCUUGUCUACCUGGCUGAAAAAGACAUCAACUCAGAUUUUGUCACCUAUGCAGACUCCCUCUGGUGGGGAACUAUAACUUUGACCACAAUUGGUUACGGUGACAAGACUCCACGUACAUGGCAGGGCCGGCUUCUGGCUGCUGGCUUUGCCCUUCUGGGUGUCUCCUUUUUUGCCCUACCUGCUGGAAUCUUAGGCUCAGGCUUUGCCUUGAAGGUUCAAGAGCAGCACCGGCAGAAGCACUUUGAGAAAAGGAGGAUGCCUGCUGCAAAUCUCAUACAGGCUGCAUGGCGUCUCUAUUCAACAGAUGCAAAACACUCGUAUCUAACAGCAACAUGGUAUUUCUACGACAGCAUGUUACCUUCCUUCAGGGAACUGACGCUACUGUUCAGUCACCUCCAGCGACAACGUAGCACCAAGAAGGUUCUGCAGAACUCCUACCACACGCUGCUGUCUGGGCUCCGGCCCUACAGCUCCCCCUAUUUGUCGAGGGACAGGAAGGCAGAAGUUCCAUGCAGUCAGCUCCUUUCUAAAAAGCGAGGUCUCUUCCGGAUUCAUGCUGGCCGCAAGCAGAGCAGUAAAAUGGGCUUUCGGGAUCGGAUCCGGAUGAACAACUCCCGUUCAUCCCAAACUAUCCGAAACAAAGCCUCACCUCUGCCCCCCGGCUCCGGUGUUCGCCGCUCCCCCAGCCAGGAGAACGUACCUGAAGCCACCAGCCCUGGAAAGGUCCAAAAGAGCUGGAGCUUUAACGACCGCACUCGUUUCCGCACCUCCCUUCGCCUCAAGCCACGUCCACCUAUUGAUGUGGAGGGAUUGGGAGAGGAAAGCGUGGAAGACAAGUCAUAUUGUGAUGUGGCCAUGGACGAGGUGAUUCCAGCAGUGAAGACGCUUAUACGAGCUGUCAGGAUACUGAAGUUCCUUGUUGCAAAGAGGAAGUUUAAGGAGACUCUCCGUCCAUACGAUGUGAAGGAUGUCAUAGAGCAGUACUCUGCAGGACACCUGGACAUGCUGGGCCGUAUCAAGAGCUUGCAAAUUAGGGUGGAUCAGAUAAUUGGCCGAGGACCUGUUCAGCCUGAUAAGAAAGCACGUCCUGAAAAAGGAGAGAAGACGCCUCCAGAGCUGGACCCGCUGGAUGAGCUCAGCAUGAUGGGCCGUGUGGUCAAAGUGGAGAAGCAGGUACAGUCUAUUGAAAACAAGCUGGACCUCAUGCUUAACUUCUACUCCCAGUGCUUAAAGAAAGGCUCUUCCCACGUCACACUGUCCUCCCUUCUGGACCCCGACCUGACAUCUGACUACCACAGCCCCACAGACCAAAGAGACCUCUUCCCCUCUGCUAACACGCUCAACAUCUCUCAGUCUGACAGUGGGAACUUGGAAUGACAAUGAAUCAGAUGUCAGGACACAGAAACUAACCCUUUACAGUAUGUCCUCCUAAGGCUGAGCCCUGCCUCUGAGCAGCCCAACAUAACAGACUUCCUCUUCAAUUCAAAUUUAUCCUGUUUUGCCUUCCUAAUCUCAAAUCUCCAUAAUCCUUCUUCCUGGAGUCUGUGAAGCUAAUCAGACAAUGACCACCAGGUGGCUCUAGCUAACGAGGAGCCUCAGUCAAAGCUGCUCACCACACACGCCUCUCAACUCACUUGAUGAGGAAACUACUUGACUACUGAAGCUGUUUCACCCACUCACAUCAUGCUGUAUCUGUUCGUACUUUAAAACAUCAAUAGUGGACUGUGGAAGGAAGUUUUCAAAAAUAUUUGGAGGGAUCUUCUCCUUCCUCUGUUUUAUCCUUUUUUCUCUUAGGCUCUUGAAAUGAUGGAAUGUCAUUUAAGAAACAUUGCCAUUCAGCUAUUUGGGUGACAACACAGUUCUUCAUACUGUGAUGAAUGUAGCUUUUUUUUGUGCAAGAUAAACUUAAAAACACAAACAAGAGCCAUAAACACGGGAAGAAAGUGCACAUUUGGACCUGGCUUAUCUUCACCAGCUCAAGGUCCCAUCCAAACAAGGGAAAUUCUGUUUUCCAAAUCCUACAUUAAUCACCGAAAUGUUUCACAUUAGAACUAAGUGAAAAUAAACAGCUGGAUUGACUGUGGAGCUA